AUGACCCACAUUGCUCUGCUGCAGCAGCAGCAGAGCAGCUGCAGCAGCAGCAGAGCAGCUGCAGCAGAGCAGCUGCAGCAGCAGCAGAGCAGCUGCAGCAGCAGCAGAGCAGCUGCAGCAGCAGCAGAGCAGCUGCAGCAGCAACAGAGCAGCUGCAGCAGAGCAGCUGCAGCAGCAACAGAGCAGCUGCAGCAGCAGCAGAGCAGCUGCAGCAGCAGCAGAGCAGCUGCAGCAGCAGCAGAGCAGCUGCAGCAGCAGCAGAGCAGCUGCAGCAGCAGCAGAGCAGCUGCAGCAGCAGCAGAGCAGCUGCAGCAGCAGCAGAGCAGCUGCAGCAGCAGCAGAGCAGCUGCAACAGCAGCAGAGCAGCUGCAGCAGCAGAUUUGCUGCCGUAGCAGCAGACUUGCCGCUGUAGCAGCAGAACAGCAGCAAAAGCAGCAGCAGCAGCAGCAGCAAAAGGGGCUUGCAAAUAGGGCCAGUAGAUAA